GUUUCUUUCUAAUUCUUUUGCUUGAAAUUGUACCGACAUGGCUCCUAACAUAUGGGGUUUAUCUGCCUCUGUCUACUACUAAGAAACUACUCUACAACCUGCUUCUUCUGUUAAUCUUACUCUUAUGAACUAAUUGAACUAUAGUUUAUUACAAGGGGGGCGCCACUGCUGAGAUCAGUUUGAGAGGUAAGAAUGGCCAUGCAAACUCGGUAUCUUAAAGAACAUGAUGGGAUUGCUCAUAAUCCCAUGGGGCAGACGGCACCAGUACCAUCACUGCCUUGGUGGAGUGGGUUAGGAUCUCAAUCCGUUUAUGGGGAGUCUUGUGGCCAAUUGAAGCCUUUGUUGAUGGAACAUCCGUCUACUGGAGACCAAGUUACUUCUACUAAACAAGCUUGGAGGGGUACUGAACAAGGACUCAAUAAAGGAAAUCCUACUCAGUUCACUAUAUUCCCUGGUGGUUGCAAAAGUUCGGGGGAUGGACAAAAACCUCAGGCAGUCAUCUCUUUGCAAUCAGCUCCGUCAGAAAAUGGUGCUCGCUUUGAACUAGGAUUUGGUCAGCCUACGGUCUGUGCAAAAUAUCCUUACAUGGAUCAAUGCUAUGGAGUUUUCUCUUCUUAUGGACCUCAAAUUUCGGGCCGUGUUAUGCUGCCAUUGAACCUGGCAACAGAGGACGGACCGAUAUAUGUAAAUGCCAAGCAGUACAAUGGAAUCAUUAGGCGUCGGCAAUCUCGUGAAAAGGCUGUACUUCAGAAUAAAGUACCUAAAGCUCGAAAUCGAAAGACUUAUAUGCACUACUCUCGCCAUUUGCAUGCAAUGCGCCGGCCAAGGGGAUGUGGCGGCCGUUUCUUGAAUUUGAAAAGUUUAAAUGGAGGCAAAGAUGGAACGGAGAUGAAGAAAGCUGCUGAAGUACAACUUUCUCACCGUACACGGUCACAAAAUUCGGAAGUCCUGCAAUCUGACAGUGGAACCUUGAACUCAUCCAAGGAAGCAAAUGGAGGAGGCUCAACUCUUUCAGGGUCAGAGGUGACCAGCAUGUACUCCAGGGGAGAACUUGAGAACUUUCCAAUCAAUCAUCUUGGACUGUCUGUCCACUCUUUCCCAGUGAUGAUGGACAAUGGGCUUGGUACUGUUAUGCCCAGCAAAUGGGUUGCAACAGCGGAUAACUGUUGCAACCUGAAAGUUUGAUACCAAGGGAAUUAGUGGGAUUGGUGCUAAGUUGUUGCACCUACCCACUUUCCCUGCAGCAACCAAAUGGGGAAACUUCGUUGCAUCAGCUGUCAUAGGUUUUGCAACAGGUUUUGGUUGCUAGGCAAAUCAUUCUUGGCUCAUCUCAACUCGGCUCUUCUUUUCACUCCAUGCAACACUGCUGUCGUGGGGUGUUGGAAGAUGCUCAAACCUUAAUAUAAGAAAUGGAUCAGACUAUAUAAAUGGGGUGUUUCACUGAUCCAAUAAAAACUUAAUGUUUGCUUAUGUGCUUGAAAUCCUAAAUAUUUAGAAUUGUGGUGUUCCUAAAUUGUGUUAUCUACAUGUCUGUUAUGCUUGAGAAAUAAUGGAUUGUAAAAUACUAUGUUUUUAUCUGUGUUUUCCCGUUUAAUCCUAUUCUUUAUCUGCUGUGGAGGUACAUCUCUGAUAGGAGAAGGUUUCUGUGGAAGCACGUUUGAGGACAGAUGAGUCCUAAUAAUACUUGCUUUUAUAACUAUGUAAUGAGCAUGGGAUUGAAACCGGAUGAAAUUUAUUAUCAUUUUCUAACAAUAUUCGAAUUCUUCGCUUGUAAGGAUUAUGUUUUUGUUGUCAACAAUAUUUGUUGGUGGGCAAUGUGUAUAUUUAAAUAAAUCUUUUAUGAGAUUUAAGGUCUAUCCUGGUAAAGCUUUUCAUCAACCUAAACGUUUUUUAUUAAAAAAAAAAAAAGAAAUAAAAAAGUGCGAUUCUUACUCUUCACAUGGUUGAAGAAAUGUGUAGGAAGUUAGCGGCCAAAGAAAUGAAAAUAUAAUCUCUCUCUUGCUCAUAAUCUUUCUUCUGAUAUAAACAAAUAAGAGAAAAAGGGAGGUAGCUGGUCAUAUGCUUUGUUUGUAUGUCCAAAAGGUUCUUAUAACAAAUAACCAUGAACCAGAAUCAAAGAAACAAAAAGACCAAGGUAACAUGAGAAGUCGUCGAAACAAAAGCUUUGCCAUCCUCCUCUUG